GGCAACCAGAACACUUUGAGUAGUAGCUGCUAAUCUCUGAACUGUUAUGUAAUUCUCACUAAUAGGAACGGAGGCUAAGGAAGACAUUAGAGGUCUUGUAUCGGAAGAAGAAUUCUAUGCAUUUAGUUGAAAGACCUGAGAAUUAAAGAGAAGAAUACAUCAGAAAAAGUAAGAGACGAAGACAGAAUAUGCCGCUCUGGAAAGUGCCUUUUGGCGUCUGUAUUAUCUAUGCCAGUUUUGUUUGCACUUACGCCAAAGGACAUACCAACAAGCACAGUCAGACUGAUGACCAAACACACGGGUACCUGAGGGAAUUUCUACAAGUCUUGUCCCUGAAUAACCACAGUACAUUUUCUGAGAGUCAAACUAGAAACCUAAUUCAAAAGCUGUGGGAUCGAGUACAAUGCACAGAAAGGAUAGCUGGCAGCAAGGACCAAUGUGACAAGUGCCUUUCGCUAGAUGUUCUUUUCUCAAUAAUAGAAAGAGGUGACAAGGAACAUCGUCUACAUGAAGAUGCAUUUCACAGGCUUUCCGUUAUCCUUCUUUAUUAUAUUAUUUACAUGCAAGAUGUGUGCACAUUGGACACUCCUCAAAAAGAUAAGGAGUUUGGAUUUUAUCUGAAUGCAAUUUUAAGUUUUAAAUCAGACCAAGACAUAAAUCAUCUGUCACAUGAUGAACUUAGCAACCUUCUGGAAACCAUACAAGAACAUUACACAGUUUCCUCUUGGAGUCAGUGUUUCAAUGCUGACUGGCUAGAGGAGCAAACUGGCAUAGUGAGUCCACCAGGUGCUGACGAAUCGACUCUUCCUCAAUUGGCUGGCGCAAUCAUCACUUCCAUUUUGCAAGGCCGCUGUAUUGGAAGUUCAGCUUUACCCAACCCAAGCUUUUUCACCGAUUUUAUUUUCAGAUCACUAAACGGUACAAAAACUAUAAGGAUAGCAGAUUUAAAACAGAUCCUUCAUCAGCUGGGCCUGGGAAGAUACUAUGCAUCGCCAUUACACGACCAUGAAAACCAUAUAACUAGAGGAGCAAAGCACUUCGAAAGCUCCAGAGAACUACUUUUUGGAACAAAGCAAAACCAAGAUCAUCAUUGUGAUCUCUUAUCCGAUGAUAGCUUUACUUGGGAAAAGGUUUGCUUUUCUGCUGACCAGCUUGUCAGGAUCUUCUUUAAUGACAGUGAUUCUCUUAUUUCAAAAGACCACUUUGAUGAGAUCAGCCCAGCUAUUAUUCAACAGUUGCUUAGUGGAGCUUGUCAACAUGGAGGCUGGAAACACACACAAUCCACCAUCUUACCAACUAACGUUGAGAAAUAUGGAUACAGUACAGUGGCUGUCUUGAUAAUUACAGUGAGCUCCAUGUGUGGCAUCACCCUACUCAUUUUCAACUCUUACAAACAGACGUACCAGCUCAUUCUACAGUUCUUUGUAGGUAUAGCAGUUGGAACAAUGUCAGGUGAUGCAUUGUUACAUCUCUUGCCACAGGUCCUUGGUCUACACACACAUGAACAAGAAACCAACAGCCACUCUUCUGAAAGCAGAGGGUACAUCUGGAAAAUGUUUACAGUACUUGGAGGAAUAUAUGCAUUUUUCCUAAUUGAAAAAAUUUUCAAACUCAUCCUAACAUUUAGAGGUCAGACAUUUGGAAAUGAACAGUUGGCACAUUCACAUGAUGUUCCAAUGGAGUCUAACCCUGACAGGGAAUCAGAGAGGGGCAAAUCUAUUUCCACUCUGCAACUGCAAAAUCCGGAAGAUUCAGAAAAUGUUGAAAAUCCUACAGAUCACGCAAUAGAGAGUGACUCUGCAAAUGUCAAAAAGAAAGCAUUUAAUGUGUUGGCAGUUAUGAUUGUGGUGGGAGACAGCAUGCAUAACUUUGCAGAUGGCUUGGCCAUUGGUGCAGCCUUCUCAUCAUCGACCGAGACUGGUAUCACCACUACUAUUGCCAUAUUAUUUCAUGAAAUUCCCCAUGAAAUGGGGGACUUUGCUGUGCUUCUGAACUCUGGUUUAUCAGUAAGGAUGGCCAUCCUGAUGAAUCUAUUUAGUGCACUAACUGCUUUUAUUGGAGUCUACAUUGGCCUCUCCCUGUCAGCUGAUCUCAAUGUUCAGCAGUGGAUUUUCACAGUGACAGCAGGGAUGUUCCUGUACCUUUCAUUGGUAGAAAUGCUUCCUGAGAUGGCACAUGUAAAAACAACACAACCCUGGUUGAUGUUCACCUUUCAGAACAUUGGAUUGAUUCUAGGAUGGGCUUGCCUUCUUCUUCUUGGCCUAUUUGAACAUAGGUUUAUCAUAUAAUUUUAUUUCAAGUGCCCACUAUUACCAAGAGAAAAUGACUACAAUUCCAAAUAAUGCACUAUGCUUUUGAAUCUUAAAUUUGUUCCUAGGGAGAUUGGAAACUGUAAUAAUGAAAUUAUGCCUAUGACCACUACUAAUAUAGUAAUUAUUUUGCAAUAUAAUUACAAAAACCUCUGAACAGUUUUACUAAAUACAUUGUAGUAUUAGUGCUAACUCCAUCCAUGAACUGUUUAAUUUAAAAAAAAUAUUUAUCAUAUUUGGAGCAAAAUAAUGAGGUAAAAAUUAGUUUAUUAUUAAUAGUAGCAGUGAAUAGAAUAUUAUUAUAUCCUGCUACUUAAAAAAAAGCUUUUCCUUAUAUAGUUACUAUAUAAAUUCUGUUUGUUUAAUCAAACUGAGUAGUAUUAUAAAACAAA